AGCGGUGCACACAUGAAUGACACGGAGGAGCCUGAUUGGUGUGACUGUUCUCUUUCGCUUCCGCUGUUACCGUCUCUAAUUACGUGCUAGCUCGUUAGCCGCAUUAGCCGACCCUAUAAAAUAUUACCAGGAAUGUAAGAUUUCAGACACAUUGGAGGUUAUGCAGUGCCCGCCCGAACCUCAUUUGAUAAUCAGGGUUGGCUGAUCGUGUCACCGUGAAAGGCAAAGAAGAAGAUGCAGAUCUGACAUUUGCAACAUACUCUUAGUAAAUGGGAUGCCUGAUCGGUUAUAUUGACCCUUUUAUAUUGGAACUCUGUAGCAGCCUUGUGCACUGAUGGAGGAAGAACAGCCAAAGACCCCGGCCCAUGAGGGAGAGGAAAAUGCCGAUAAACAACAGGGUAAACCUCUACCAGAGACGGACACACAGGCCACAUUUACAGACACCAAAGCAGAGGCAGAGGAGAAGUCCGAGGAAACUAAAGAGCCCACGGACUGGUUUGAACCGUUGGAGGACGACGACGACGACGACGACGCCAAUAGCUUUGAGUUUUCUACCGAGCAGCGUGCCUUGGGUCAUAAAGAUCCAGAAGAGGAGAGCCUAGCAGGUGAAAGUGAAAGAAGCGGCAGUGUGGCAGGCAGUGAGAAAGCUAGGAGAAUAUGCAAACGACCACGACGCAAACGAACCAAUGUUGAUGAGGGUUGGGAAGACUGUCCAUCUUUAGGAGAAGGAUGGAAGCGCAAAGAAAGUGUACGUCAGAGUGGCACAAGAUCUGGACAAAGUGAUAUCUACUACAUGAGCCCUCAAGGCGAAAGAGCACGUAGUCGUAUAGAGCUUUCCAUUAUGCUGAAUCGCGACUUAAGCUGUUUUGAAUUCAAAACGGGAGUUUUCCAUAAAAAUGGUCAGCAACGUUUAACAUUACAAAGACGGAAGAGAAAGCCCCGUGAACAUUCAUCAUCAGAUUCCAGUUUUGUUGAGAGAGGAGAGGGAGCAGACACACCUGACUCUCACCAUAGACUUACUCCCACUGUGAGUUCCAUACCAGCAGCUAUUCCGUCAAGCAAAACUGCCACAAACAACCCAACAAAACCUCAGAUCAAGAAUGAAAUCACAGCCUCUUCUCCAAAAGAUGAGACUAUGAAGCCUCCUGAUGGCAAAAUUAAACUUCCAGGCCCCACAUCAUCCAAACCGCUCUCUUUUCCCUCUAUCAAUGGGGAAUUUGGACCCGAGGACAGCUUUCUAGUCUGUUCAAGAUGCGGUCUUACAUUUACCGGAACAUGGUAUGAUAAACAGAGGAAAAGGCCUCUCUGUCCGUCUUGCUGGGCACUUAAGACAAAAGAACACCCACUGAUCCGUUUUCGAAAGUGGAUUCCAUGUGGACAAUGUGCAGGAUGCCACAAUAAAGUGAACUGUGGUCAGUGUAGUAACUGUAAAGAGCGCAGACCUGAAUCUCGUAAACGAACAUGUCGAAAACGUAAAUGUUUAUGUCCUAUUCGUAAGGGUCCGGGAGGCUUUGUAAUGCCAAAGCCAAAAAUAGACGCACCAGAUAGCACUCAGGACAUUCCCUAUUACCAGCAUCUAAAUAUUAAAAAUAGUGAUACAGAGAACUUAAUGAAUCUGGAACUGGAUGAGGAUGAUGACGUGUCAACAGAUGAUGAUGAAGAUCGCAAGAGGCGGAAGCGGCGGUCCUGUGGAGAAUGUCCAGCAUGUCUCUAUAGCACAGAUUGUGGCACAUGUGAUUUCUGUAUAGACAAGCCCAAGUUUGGUGGAAGCAACAAAAAAAGACAGAAAUGUCGACUACGGCAAUGUCAAAGACAGGCAAUGAGACACCUAUUACCCUCUCAGCUGGGGUCAGAGGCUGAUGGUAUAUCAAUCGUUGGCAGACCAAAACCCCAAUACACCUAUAGUCGAAAAAGGAAAAGAGCGCCACUAAGUGAAGAUGAAGAUGAUGAUGACAGAAAUCAACAGGCAAUCUGGAGCACUGAAAACACCAGUUGCAGCAAGAUCACAUAUAAGCAAAACUUACGAAAACAUCCAUCUAUGCAGUUGUAUGAAGAACAGAACGGAGUGUUUGUCAGAGAUCAUAAUAGUGAUGAUAAUGUAUAUCUGAUGGAAAGCAGAUCGCAGGUCACUAGUAAUUUUCAAAUACAAGGAGAUGCUGAAGAGGAAGACUAUCCUACUAUUACACAAAUAUACAGCUUGACAGAUGAACCAGAACCAGGUGAUCUGAAUCAGGAACAUGACCUAAUGAAAUUGCUGAACUCUUUGCGUUCAUCUGCUCUGCCAAUCUUGUGGUAUGCCAUCAUGGCAGAGGGGCCUCAGCUGCAGCUUGUGCAGUGUUCAAAGCAGUCUGUCAUGGCAGACACCACAGUGCAAAUUGACACAGACUUUAACUAUAAGAUCUCAGUGCAGAGACACCCGCUCCUGCCCACACACCCGUUGUAUGAUGCCUACCCUUCUCGUCUGAACUCUGUCACACAAGUCGUAAAUUUGCUGUUGGACAUGGACAAAUACAUCGUAUGCCAUGGUGUACCACCAAUUGAAGCUGUACUCAACAGAACACCAGUAAUACUUGAGCGGGCACCCACCUGUGAGUUCUUGAUUAAAAAGAAUGAAACAAUUUGUAGGAAUUGCAGAGUGCUUUGUGAAUGAAAGUCAAGACAACAGAGACUUUGAUUUGUAGAACUUUGUACCAUUUUCUUUAAGAUUUUUGUGGUACUAGAAUUUGACAGCAUUCCCAGAGCUGUAACAAUAAAAUACAAGCAUAUAUAUUUUGUCAUGUUGGUGACCUGUGAUGUCAGAGGGCUUUUUUUUUAUUUUGGACACAAUUUAUUAUGGGUUUAUUAACACUUUUACUUGAGGAUUCAGUCAUAUUUUUUUAACUCAACAUAUUUCUUUUCCUAAAAUUGUCAAAAUCCUUAAUCCUUUAUUUAUAUUUAUUUUACCUUUUUGUAAAAAAUCUCACACAUUGGUAGAAAUUAGUUUCCCCCCUUUAUUAUUAUUUAAUAGUUUUGAAGUGUAAUUUUAUAAGAAUGUGCCUCUUUCCUGAAGAGUAUAAUUAAUAGAACCAUGGCAAGAGAUUAUGCUUUUAUGGCCUCUUAUGCCAGAAGUAAAAAUAAUUCUAUAAUAUCUCUAUGAUAAUAACAAAGCAUUGCAGUCUGAAAUGCUGUCAAGCUCAGUCAAUGUGUUUUAAAUUUAUUUUAUUUUUUUUUCAUCCUUAAAAACAAACGAAACAUAAGGCAUUCAUUUCUGGUGGCUGUUGUAUUUCAUUGUAAAUAUAACCUAAGAUGAAAUGAAACAGGCACAAGAUGUAAACUGGGUAAAAACUUUAAAUUAUUCUUCCAUGUUCUCUAUUGUAUAUGCGCGUUAGGGAAUUUAUUUAUGUUCUUGUUGUCCUCAAGUAAAUGUGUAGAAUUUUACCCAGACUUAUGGGAUCAAAAUACCAUGUUUUAUAGCUAUUUGAAAUGAAAAGUUAUAUUGUUUUGAAAUGACAAAUAUUGUAUUUCUCAAUGCAUUGUUUUCAUAAAAGGUUUUGGACUUUUUUAACCCAAA